AUGUCCUCUUCAACAGCCAGGUCAACUUCGUCUAGCGCUCCAACCAGCAGCACUCAGUCUCGACUUCGACAACCACCUCACCAACAUCGACAACCACUGUUCCCACAAGUACUACCACAAUGUCCUCUUCAUCAACCACGUCAUCAAGUUCGACUAGCGCGCCGACCAGUAGCACUUCGACAACCACCUUACCAACAUCGACAACCACUGUUCCCACAAGUACUACCACAAUGUCCUCUUCAACAGCCAGGUCAACUUCGUCUAGCGCUCCAACCAGCAGCACUCAGUCUUCGACUUCGACAACCACCUCACCAACAUCGACAACCACUGUUCCCACAAGUACUACCACAAUGUCCUCUUCAUCAACCACGUCAUCAAGUUCGACUAGCGCGCCGACCAGUAGCACUUCGACAACCACCUUACCAACAUCGACAACCACUGUUCCCACAAGUACUACCACAAUGUCCUCUUCAACAGCCAGGUCAACUUCGUCUAGCGCUCCAACCAGCAGCACUCAGUCUUCGACUUCGACAACCACCUCACCAACAUCGACAACCACUGUUCCCACAAGUACUACCACAAUGUCCUCUUCAACAACCACGUCAUCAACUUCGACUAGCGCGCCGACCAGUAGCACUUCGACAACCACCUUACCAACAUCGACAACCACUGUUCCCACAAGUACUACCACAAUGUCCUCUUCAACAACCACGUCAUCAAGUUCGACUAGCGCGCCGACCAGUAGCACUUCGACAACCACCUUACCAACAUCGACAACCACUGUUCCCACAAGUACUACCACAAUGUCCUCUUCAACAGCCAGGUCAUCAAGUUCGACUAGCGCGCCGAACCAGUAGCACUUCGACAACCACCUUACCAACAUCGACAACCACUGUUCCCACAAGUACUACCACAAUGUCCUCUUCAACAACCAGGUCAUCAACUUCGUCUAGCGCUCCAACCAGCAGCACUCAGUCUUCGACUUCGACAACCACCUCACCAACAUCGACAACCACUCCCACACAGUACUACCACAAUGUCCUCUUCAUCAACCACGUCAUCAACUUCGACUAG